ACAUUUCAUUUUGUUUACUCAUGCUCUAAUUAGUUUGAUCAUUUGAGCUGAAAUGCCUUAUCAAACCCUUGCUGAUUUUGACUGUAAUGAACACUCUAUCCAGCAGGGGGCAGGAUGUGUAAAAUUACGUUACAAGGCGUUUUGUCCAGCAGGGGGCAGCACUGUGUACACAGACGAGGAACCCUUCCGGUUCGUAGUUUUUACUGUCCGGACACUUCUGUAAACAAAACUCAUGAGGACAUAAGCUUAGUGUUAUAACCUCUGAUGGACACAGAAAUCCACCGCGCUUAAUUUGUCCUUUAUGUCCCUCUUUUAAACCGGAACAUUUAAAGCCUGUCAAGCCGCUGGUCAUGUUAUUCCUCCGGUUAGCGGCUCGGAGCUGCAGAACUCUGGCCGCUCCUCGCUGUCUGCCAGGCGGCUGCAUCACCUCCAGAAGCACCGCUUCAUACGUCCAGGGCCAGAGCCCCGAACCCCGCAUCAGGGAGUAUUUCUACUACAUCGACCAUCAGGGACAGCUGUUUCUCGACGACACCAAAGUGAAGAACUUUGUCACCUGCUUUAAAGAUAAACAGUUCCUGGUUUUCUUCUUCAAUCGCCUGCGAAUCAAUCAGAGCGGGCGUUACGAGGAGGAUUUUCCCUUCUUGUCUCUGUGUGGCAGAGAGAGGAACUUCCUGCGCUGCGAUGACAGACCGGUGGUUUUCACCCACCUGCUGCCAAACCCGGCAGGAGACCUGGAGCUGCUGUCGUACUGCGGCGGCGCUGAGAAGCUCUCCAUACCUUUCCAACCGGAGGCGCUGUACAUGCAUCCUGUCAGCGGUCGGGUUUAUCAUCCCGGUCCAGAGUUCUCGGGAAGGGUCGGACUGGUCAGGUCGGCCCUGGCCAUAGAGCUCAGUUCCAGCUUUGUUUAUCCACCACAGAGUGGCCAGUCGGGACAGCCCACACACUUUCUGUGGAAAGGACAGAAGCACAGACUGACCAAUGAGCUGGCAGGAUGCUUCCCCGCAGUAGAGCAGGGGGGUGGGCAGCAGGGGGAGCUGGGAUAAUCUUCAAAACUGGUCAAAGGUGUAAUUCGGUUUAUAAAAUCUGAAAUCGGUUUUCCUCUCUGAGCUAAAACUGCUGCUGUAAUUAAAUCCCGUGUGUUCUCACUAUGUGACGUCCUAUCAGAGAAAAGAUACUUAAAAUCUGAUCAGAUAA